AAGGCAUCCAGUUGUGAUCCGAAUGAGGAGAAGCAGGCGACAGUGAAAGAGAUCAGGAGUAUAAGUUAUAAGCGAGAUCUGCUGGCAUUUAGUACUAAUACUAAAGCCAUUAGUGAGUCGACUGUGAAAUAACUUUCUUUGUGGAGUAAAAAUGGAUUUUACUUCGACUUUGAACGUGUGUGUUUACGUCAUUUUCAUCAUUUUCCAAAUAGUGUCUGUUUACUACGUAGAGGCAAGUUCCUAUUCCAGUCAUGGAAACUCUAGACGUGAGAUGUUGCACUGUACCCUGAAAUGCCCUAACGGAUAUGACACGGAUAUCGAGGGAAACCCAUUCUGUCGCUGCUACGACCCAUGCUCGAACGUGUUUUGUCCUGGUGGCAUGAACUGUAUUGUGAACGCUCGGAAGAGGUGCAGAAACGGCACGGAAAAUUGUAGACCACGUGCAUAUUGUAAAGAUAUCACCAAAAGGCCCGGGAAAGGCAUAGAUAAUAAUGUGCAGAGUGAUGGUGCCUCCAGUGCGGAUGUGACAACACCAAGUGCCCCGAAUGUUUGCUCGCUGGAAGUCAGCAAAGAGGCGUUCAAGUGCAGGCGGAAGAAGAGGAGAUGGUACUUCGACGAGCAAACCGGAACAUGCGUGAAAUUCCGUGGCUGUGAGGGAGAAGGCAAUAACUUUUCGAGAAAGAAAUUCUGCAAAAAACAAUGUAUUAAGAAGAAAAGUCGAUCACGGAAGGGCAGAAAGAAUCGACGCAGGAAUAAGACCAAAGGAAGAAAACGUAUGAUGGCCAGCAGAACUCCGGAAAUUGCCGAAUUUCGAACACACGUCGCUCACGCCCCUCGGCUGUACUCGGCAUUCUCCGCACCCGGUGUGUACUUCACUGCUCGAUGCCCCCCUGACAAACCCAUGGUGCAUUGCAAUCACGACCCUUGUGCGUCCUGUAGACAUUUUUAUGUUAUCUGUGAAAUUAACUUGUGUGGACAGUGCUCGGCGAACUAUUACAACCGAAAGACAAGUGCGCCAUUGCGAAAGUGUGGUAUCUGAAUAGACCAUGCGGUAUUCCAAAGACACUAUACAUGUGACACUAGUCAGCCCGGACUAUCCAGUCAUUUGGAGCGAGUGGCCGCAAUGAAGAAGGCCCGGAUUUGAAGCUAGACGUUAACCAAUGAGAAGAGCUGGUGAAAGCCAGGAACCAAUGACAAUUGAGAGAUUACGUAGGAUACAGUCAGUGCAAUUCACGCUACAUUUUGCUGGUACAUACCACAUAAACCAUGUCAAAUUGAACUAUCUCGGUAAGAUAGGUAUGAACACUGACAAACAAUACCGGUGACAGAACCAAUAGGUGCCGACUAGAUAGUACAGUAAUGUAGAUAUACGUGUAUAUAUAGUUUGUUGCUCAGUCAGUGUAUGUAUUCUUAGCCAUCUCAUUGGUUACCUGUCCUCAUGAACUAAAAAUCACGUGACAAAUGUUGCACUUACACCGUGUAAGAUACAAUAGAGUAUUCACACGCCUAUUUAAAAAAACACACACACAAACUUGCAUGGAUAAGCUUCAAGUCAGAUCUAGUAUAGUCGCACUCCAUACGUAACGUUUUCAAUAGGGUACCCUUUCAGUUGAAGUAGGCCUAGUGAGUGGGGUCCAAGCUGAAUUGACAAUUGCUGUGUUGCAAUGAAUGAGUAAUACGUCACUAGUUUGCUGAAAUGUCAAAGACCGGAAUAAACUAUAGAUUACGCAUGAGCAAACGUUCCACAUUAUUGGAUGUGAAGCGAAACCCCUGCCCUAAACCCGUCCAAAGAUUCCACUUUAAAUGUAGAGGUCAACCGUUUACCUCAGACAGAAUCGUAAAUAUGAAAAUGAAAUGAACGAGCGAAUUCACUUCUCAAACUACAGAAACAAGAACUGGAUUGGCCCUUCAGGUUUAGUUAGAGAUCUUUCAGAGUAUAUACAGACGAACAACUAGAAGUUGGCACAAACUACCUUUAUGGUGAUCAGCCAAUUACAUUACCUGCAUCUUUGUGAUGUGAUAUUUUUGGAAAUCCAUGUGAAGUAACGUUGUAAAUCUCCAACGGUCUAAAGGAAAUGGCCACAUACAUGUUCUUGUUUCACCUAUUGUUGUGACGCAGUUGCUAUGGAUACAUGUCCCAUGACAUCUGCAAACCUUGCACACUGUAUCUCUUGUACCUUUCCCAAACAGCUGUCGCUUAAUGCAUACUACGAGCCCCAUUCCCGAUCCAUGGUGGUUUCCUAAACUGUAGAAGUUUUACUGUACAUUAAUAAGUGUCAUUGCACAAUUGUAGCACAAUUCCAUUGUAUAUAAAGGAGAAUUUCCCGCUUAAACAAGUCGGUUCCAUGUGUGAAAACACACAUCAUUUUCUGUUGUUACGCUGCAGUCACAAUAGUCACAACCCUUGUGGAAGGCUGCAUAUUUAUAUGGAUUGUAUGUUUUAGAGCGACGUGUUUUUUCCUAAGUUAUGAAUUCAAGUGAUAUGUUGGGAUUGGAUGUGUUUUGAUGAGAGUCAGAUUUAGGGUGUUUAUUAUACUGUUUUGUGUGUAUUAUAUAUCAUAUUCGACGGGUGGUAUAACGACACUAUUGACUGUGUACAUAUUGUAAGAUAUUACAAAAUGUAUAUUUAUGUGAAGAGAUUGUAAUAAACCAUUGACCAGAAA